UCCUGUGUGCCACAUUCCUGUGUUCCUGUGUGCCGGGUUUGUGUGUGUUGUAGUCAUGCAUGUGCCUCAUGGAUCCUCCCUCGCAGCGCUGUGGGGAAGAGGCACCAGCCAGGGUGCAACUCUUGGUAAAUGUCCACAAGGUCUGCCAGGCCCCAGCUGAAGUCAAGUGCCCCUCAGCUCUCCUCAGUGGAGGGUCUGCACCUGGAGCCUGGUGUGUCCCCAAGGGCACCCCCAAAGUGAGGCAGAGGAGGAGCCCCCUGCACUGAGGAGCAGGAGGUGAGGUGGAGCCCCACCGUCCACCUGGUUCCGCUCCAGCUGCCACUUGUGUGCCUGUGGCCCUUCCUCCCUCAUUUGCGUGGCCCCCUCCUUCAGGCCCAGCCUUGAGCUGCAUCCCCAGCAGGAGCCACCUGUGUGCCUGCCGGGCAGGAGAGGCCCAGGCUGGGGUCAGCAGCAUGAGGACAGCUGGCCAUGCAGCUCCUACAGCUUCCAGGCAUCAGACCCCAGCAGAAGAGCUGAGACCCUCAAGGAACGCUGCUCCAAAGCAGGCUGUGAGGUCACCACCGCCACCGCAGGGCCCUCCCCAUCCAGCUGCAGGGUGGAGGCCUGGCUGGUCUGCAGCCCCCCACUCCUGACAGCACAGCCUUGAGUUGGAAGCCUGAAGCCCGCAGGGCUGGGUAGGAGGUGUUUCCGUGCCUGUGAAAAGCCCAGAGCUGGGUGUCUCUGCAUCCCUCCCAUGGCAGCUGAGCCCUACAGGCCCCCUGCCCCUGCUGCUUGCCACAGCCUGCCAGGCAACUCCAGAAAUGGGGGGUGCUGAGGGGCUCGGGCACAGGCAGGGAACAAGGCCACGGCCAGUGGUCAGCACAGUCUGCCUGCAGAUCGGUGUUGGCCACAGAGCCUGGCAGUGGCCUCAGGAAGAGUCUGAGGCACACACAUCUUCAGGCCUGGAAAGCAAGGACUGCCACUGGGGCCCCAGGGCGUGGCAGGCGAGGCCGGGGAGACUGCCCUCCACAGCCGGACGCAGCCCAACAGCCUCGUGUGCACCAGGUUCUCCUGGAACGGCCUGCUCUGGGCGCUGGCCAUGAAGAUGGCAGUGGAGGAGAUCAACAACCGGUCGGACCUGCUGCCGGGGCUGCGCCUGGGCUACGACGUCUUUGACACGUGCUCGGAGCCCACGGUCACCAUGAAGCCCAGCCUCAUGUUCCUGGCCAAGGCGAACAGCCACGACAUCGCCGCCUACUGCAACUACACGCAGUACCAGCCCCGCGUGCUAGCCGUUAUCGGGCCCCACUCCUCAGAGCUCGCCCUGGUCACGGGGAAGUUCUUUGGCUUCUUCCUCAUGCCCCAGGUCAGCUACGGGGCUAGCAUGGACCUGCUGAGCACCCGGGAGACCUUCCCCUCCUUCUUCCGCACGGUGCCCAGUGACCGUGUGCAGCUGGUGGCCACCGUGGAGCUGCUGCAGCAGCUCGGCUGGAACUGGGUGGCCGCCCUGGGCAGCGACGAUGAGUACGGCCGGCAGGGCUUGAGCAUCUUCUCGGGCCUGGCCGCGGCACGCGGCAUCUGCAUCGCACACGAGGGCCUGGUGCCGCUGCCCCAUGCCGAUAGCCCGUGGGUGAGCAAGGUGCAGGAGCUGCUGCCCCAGGUGAACCAGAGCAGCAUACAGGUGGUGCUGCUGUUCGCCUCCGCGCGUGCCGCCCAGGCCUUCUUCAGCUACGGCAUCAGCCGCAGGCUCUCACCCAAGGUGUGGGUGGCUAGCGAGGCCUGGCUGACCUCCGACCUGGUCAUGGGGCUGCCCGGCAUGACCGAGGUGGGCACGGUGCUUGGCUUCCUGCAGAGGGGUGCCCAGCUGCCCAAGUUCUCCCAGUACGUGAAGACGCACCUGGCCCUGGCCGCCGACCCGGCUUUCUGCGCCUCGCUGGGCGAGAGGGAGCAGGGCCUGGAGGAGCACGUGGUGGGCCCACGCUGCCCGCAGUGUGACGAUGUCACGCUGCAGAACGUGUCUGCCAGGCUGCAGCACCACCAGACGUUCUCCGUCUACGCAGCCGUGUACAGCGUGGCCCAGGGCCUGCACAACACUCUGCGCUGCAACGCCUCGGGCUGCCCCGUGCAGGACCCCGUGAAGCCCUGGCAGCUCCUGCAGAACAUGUACAACAUGACUUUCCGCGUGGCCGGGCUGGUGCUGCGUUUCGACAGCAGCGGGAACGUAGACAUGGAGUACGACCUGAAGUUGUGGGUGUGGCGGGGCCCAGUGCCCGAGCUGCACAACGUGGGCAUCUUCAAUGGCAGCCUCUGGCCGGAGCGCCUCAAGAUGCGCUGGCACACACCCGACAACCAGGAGCCCGUGUCCCAGUGCUCGCGGCAGUGCCAGGAGGGCCAGGUGCGCCGGGUCAAGGGCUUCCACUCCUGCUGCUACGACUGCGUAGACUGUGAGGCAGGCAGCUACCGACGCAACCCAGACGACCCCACCUGCACCCCUUGCCGCCACGACCAGUGGUCCCCGGAGCGGAGCACACGCUGCUUCCGCCGCAGGCCUCGGUUCCUGACGUGGGGCGAGCCGGCUGUGCUGCUGCUGCUCCUGCUGCUGGGCCUGGCACUGGGGCUUGUGCUGGCCGCCCUGGGGCUGUUCAUUCGCCAUCGGGACAGCCCACUAGUUCAGGCCUCGGGGGGGGCCCUGGCCUGCUUCGGCCUGGUCUGUCUGGGCCUGGUGUGCCUCAGCGUCCUCCUGUUCCCUGGGCAGCCCAGCCCUGCCCGCUGCCUGGUCCAGCAGCCCUUAUCCCACCUCCCACUCACGGGCUGCCUGAGCACGCUCUUCCUGCAGGCGGCCGAGACCUUCGUGGAGUCGGAGCUGCCUCAGAGCUGGGCAGACCGGCUGCGGGGCUGCCUGCAGGGGCCCUGGGCCUGGCUGGCGGUGCUGCUGGCCAUGCUGGUGGAGGCCGCGCUAUGCGCCUGGUACCUGCUCGCCUUCCCACCAGAGGUGGUGACGGACUGGCGCGUGCUGCCCACGGAGGCACUGGUGCACUGUCGCACACGAUCCUGGGUCAGCUUCGGCCUGGUGCACGCCACCAAUGCCAUACUGGCCUUCCUGUGCUUCCUGGGCACCUUCCUGGUGCAGAGCCAGCCCGGCCGCUACAACCGUGCCCGUGGCCUCACCUUCGCCAUGCUGGCCUAUUUCAUCAUCUGGGUCUCCUUCGUGCCCCUCCUGGCCAAUGUGCAGGUGGCCCUCAGGCCCGCCAUGCAGAUGGGCGCCUUCCUGCUUUGCACCCUGGGCAUCCUGACUGCCUUCCACCUGCCAAGAUGUUACCUGCUCCUGUGGCAGCCGGGGCUCAACACCCCCGAGUUCUUCCUGGGAGGGGCCCAGAUGCCCAAGGUGGGAAUGGUGGUGGAGACAGAGGAAGCUCAGGGAAAAAAAUGAGUGACUCUGACCCUUUGACUUCAUUCCUGGUGAACCCGGAACUAGUUGAGAUGUCCCCUAAGCCAGCAAUGACCAGUGUGCCCUACAGAGACUCUCCAGCUCUAGAUUCUGACCCUGGGUUGCUGCCUGACCCUGACCCCGCAGUGAUCCCUGGGCCUGCAGCAUGUGGAUGCCCCUGUGACCAUCUGGGCCCCAGAGCUGAGCUCUGUCCCUGUCCCUCUCCACCCAGACCAGGCCUGCCCAGGUGACCCAGCCCCACUGUUCCAGGACGCCUGGAGGGCUUCCAGCAUCCCCGAAAUCCACCCUGUGAGCUCAGAAAAAAGACGCAGGAAGGCCCCUAGUCAGAUGGCUGGAAGCCCAUGCCAAGCCCUACCAACCUGACCAUGCCUCUUGGGGGGGGCCCACCCACCCAGCAUCAGGCCCAGGCACCAGAGUAUUCGGAGGCUGGGUGUGGGGACACAGGCGUUCACACAGGGCAGACCCCACCCCCAGGUGGGAGUGGCACCUGGCUUCCUUCUCUGCCCCUGGCCCAGUGGGUAGUGUCAUGACUCACCAGAACUAGGGACAGAGCCCAGGUGGGGUGUGGGCAGGGACCAGGAGCCAGCACCAUGGACAGAAAACUGCACACCGGGGUCCGAGAUCAGCCACCCCCCAGGCCCACGCAGGGUCUCAGGUCAGAGUCCCAGGGUCAGCUCCCAGCCGGGCCUCGUGGAGGCCUGACCAGUCCCCCACGCCUCAUUCCAAGACAGCCCAGCCAGACAGAAGGGGCACAGGCCACACGUCCAUCCCAUAAAAUUAAACGCUUUUUAGUGUUUAAAAUAAGCAGCAUUUACACAGA